GAGCGAGACGAAGAGGUGAACAACAAAAUCAAUCGCCCCGUCGCAACGCCACGACUUUCCAUCAAAAUAAUUAUCUGCAUCAUCUCCAGCGUGCCCAUUAACAUCGGAACCGCAUCCGUUUUCUCGUGAAACGGAUGUCGCGAUCGCUCUAUUAUGAGUGAGGUUGGGGUCGCCGACCGCGCACGGCUUUUACGAUCAAAACACAAUGAACUCAGUCGAAUUGUUACGUCGCGCAAGAGGAAGCUCCGCGAGUUCUUUGCCGUUUGCGACCAUGAAGGCCCUCUUCCCCAAACCAACCUCUCCAACCCCGACGCGCCGCCCACCUCCGUUGCAGAAGAACGCUUUCUCGAAGUUACAGACAUCUUGCAAGACCGGCUGUUCGACGAGUCAAACCUUCCAACGCGUCGACAACUGAGAUCCGAUGCCUCGAAGCAGAAAACGUCCUCCCGCAAAGCCAGUCCCGAUGGAAGACCCGCAGAUAAACCACGCAAGGCAUCAAAGGGUCAGCGUGAUGGCUCGAGAUCCAGGAAGAGCCGGGCAGCUACGCCCAAGAGUGAUGUUGGAACAGCAACACCAACACCUACUGCCACCGAACUUGGAGGAGACUCGAAUGCGAAUUCAGGAACUGUUCAAGGAUUACCAAUGCAAAGAUCGACUUCGAAGGGCUCGCAGACCGAUCUUCCUGCAGAGGCAUCCGCAGUGCUGGAUGAGAUAGUUGAGGAGACUUUUGAGAAUGCAACCGAAACACAGCCAUCGGCUCCGGAGGAACCGGCCCCAAAAUCAGCGCUGGAGAGUGACAGAAUAUUGACCAAAGUAGAGAGCAGACCGAACAGCCCCGGUGUCGAUCCAAGGAAGGCGAUGCCCAUAUCCGCGGAAGAUGCAGCGAAUUUACCAGGACAGUUGAUUCAGGGCUUGGGAUCGUUGGAUGAGCACCACAAAGCAGUUACGGCACACUUGCCUCCCAAGGAUGUGCAGGAGAAACGUAUGCGAGAAGCGAAGGAAGCUCGGGAGCAGAGACAGGAACAAAGUGGACGCCUGUUGAUCAACCCGCCUCGAGAUGUUGUACGGAACGCAGAUGUACUUUCAUCCCCGGGCUCCACCAUCGAUGCCAACUCUGCUACGACGCCAGCAAUGCACGAGGCGUCAACUGACACAAGUCCAGAGCAUGAAUCAAGGUACGACGCCGAAAAACUUAACAACAAGGACGAUGAUGCUUCAACUCCACCAGCGAUAAAGCGGACAGCAGAGGAAGAGGCCGAGAAAGAGGAGCACGACAGGUUGUUGCAGGCACAAAUCGACGUUUCCACGGCGGAGAUAAUGAAGGACAAUGGUCCUGAUGACCAGUCUCUUUCUGAACAGGCUGGUAUUUCUGCUGGGCAAGCUGGUGAUUCACAAGCCAUUCAGACUGAUGUGAAUGAAGGGGAUACAGGUAGACUCAUAGAGGAAGCCAGCGAGGUCGUUCAAGAUAUUGUUGAGGACGACGAUGAAGUCGUUGGCGUCCCUACUCCUGAGGACAAAGUCAUAACUACUCCUAAGACUUCUGCACCCGAACCCAAGGAUUUGCAAGGAAAACAACCGGAGGUCCCUGACUCUGAGGCAGAGGAGGAUAUCACGCCAAAUGCUGAUGCGAUGGAUGUUGACAAAACAACUAUCAAGGACUCAUUUGAGAGCGCACCUGUCGUCGAGACCCCAGUGGCUUCACCUGCUAUUGCAAAUCCAUCGGAAUCAGGGCCGAAUCCAGCAAAUGAAUCGAAUGCAUCAUCUGCUACUCCUUCUGCGACCCCGCGAAGAACACCACCAAUACCUGCUCCUACACCAGUGCUAGAGCGAAUGACCACAAGGGUGGCUUCGGGGGCCAUGCGCCACAAAUCAGUGUCUGAAAUUCUGGGAGAGACACCUAAACCUAGCACAGCGUCAGAUUCGGCAGGAAAUUCCCACUCUCCAUCAAGAAGCACGACUCCGCAAUCUCCAGGCACUCGUGUCAGAAGUUUGGCUGAGAAAGCCAAGGAAAAGGAAAGGAGCAAACUUUCUACUGUAGUUUUUCCAGGACGACCACCAAAAGCAGCUGCUCCUGAAAGCUCUCUGGUGGCAAAUGCUUCGCCAUCUCAGGCACUAAAGGAUGAUUAUUUCAUGCCACUGUUCCUCGCUACGGCAUCAACAGACAAAAGCCGGCCCUUGGAUGCUAUCCUGCAGACCGCCCAUAAGACAAUCACGACUGCCAACGCUUAUGUUCCCAUUUGCGAAAAUCAGACAUCAAAGGUCCUCAAGCGUAUCUACAACUUGCAGUCCGCCAACAAGUGGACAUUGAGACAACCCAAACGAUCAGCGGAACCCAUCCGACAAACUGGCCACUGGGAUCUUCUCCUGCAGGAAGCAAAAUGGAUGCGUACCGAUUUCCGAGAAGAACGUAAAUGGAAGGGCACAGUUGCCAGGAAUCUAGCAUAUGCCUGCGUGGAAUGGUGGGAAACUAACAAAGAGGACAGGAAGUUCCUUCAGGUGCACGCGACAUCACCUCCUAUUACAGAUCCCUCAAAAGACGUGGAGAUGGGAGAUGUUACCAGCCAAGCAGGCACUCAUCCAACGCCAGAUCUCGUGGCUUCGGGCGAGUUUGAUUCACCAAUGGAUGAUUUUGAUGAAGAACCACGACUGAAUUUACUUGAAACGGUUGCUCCCACUGCCAUUUUUGCGCUGCAGGACGAUGAUGUUGUCUUCGGUCUUCGAAGAUCGCCCACAACCGACAAACUCCUGGAGGAACUUCCCAUGUAUGGUGCACCGCUGCGAGUGCCCCGAGCAGAUUUGCCUACUUCAGAUAUUGAUCCUGAUCGGUUCUGGAAGCGACCUGCCUUACCACUGAGCAAGUACGUUGAAGGUCGGUUGGAGCUCAAGACUGCGGAACCUCCCAGGAAGAAGAGCAGAUUCGAGUACGAGCUUGAAGAUGAUGAUGAUGAUCACGUGGUAUUUGGAGAGCAGCAAACAAAACGACCGAUCCUCCCCCCCGAGAAAACAGACGUUGCAUUGUUCAAUCCCGAACACAAGCAUAUCCGCGAUCGCAUCCAUUCCUCGCAUCAAUUCAGACCACCAUCGGAAUUUCAGAUGCCACUUCAAAGCUUCUUUGAGUCUCGUAUAGCGUCCCAGUGGACCUGGGAUGAGGAUAAUGAGUUGAAGGGAUACGUGCGAGACUACUCUUAUAACUGGUCGCUAAUCUCAAGUCUUCUUGGAAGCAAGUCUCUUUAUGUCACCGGUGCGGAACGCCGAACUCCAUGGGAAUGUUUCGAGCGAUGGAUCCAUCUUGAAGGCCUGCCCGCUGAUAUGCAGAAAACGCACUACUUCAGAGCAUAUACCUCCCGUAUCGACGCUGCUAAUCGCAACGUAACGGCGCAGAACAACGUAGCUCCACCACAACCUAAUGCAAAUGGUCAAGUACAGCAGGCUCCACGAAGAAGACCCACCACCAGCAUUCGAGUUGAGCGUCGGAGGAACCAAAGGCAUCUCACCAUAGUCGAUGCGAUGAGGAAACUGGCCAAAAAGCGUGAGACUAGUGCUCAAAAACAGGCUCAUGCUCAAGGUAUGGCCGCAAUGCGAAAGGCCAAUGAAGCUCCGAAUGCCAACCGUAAUCUCCUCGCAACUACUCCUCAAGACUUCAGCAAGUUGAAAUACGAGCGCGAAGAGCAAUUCCGCGAGCGAAUGUUGCAGAUGCAACAGCGGCAGGAAGCAGCACGAAGAGCAAACGCCACCAUGCAACAACAGCCAGGAAGGAAUCCAGCCAAUCCACAACAACCUGGACUGCCAAAUGGAGUCCCUCGACCGGCCAAUGCAUCAAUGCCUAUGAAUGGCUCAGCUCCUCAGAGUGGCCAAAACCUCGCUGUCCCUGGUCAGAACAGGCCUCGCCCCAUGCCCCCUCAAAUGCCCGGCCAAUCUAUGCCAAAUAAUCUUCGUGUUCCUCAAAUGCCCAUGAACGGUGUUCCAACAGCUCAGAUGCAAGGACAAAUGCCAUUACCAAACCCGGUCUUGGAUGUCGGACUCGUUAGCCGUGCUCAGCAAAUUUCGCAACAUCAACAAGCCAUUCGUUUACAACAACAAGGCCAAAUUCCUGGCCAACCAGCUCAGAUGCACAACUCCCCUCAACGUAUGAAUGGUAUGCCCCAACCUGGAUUCCCAAUGCCAACCAACAUGAUGCCUCCAUACAAUCCAAACACAAAUGGAGUCUCAACACCGCCAGCCAACUCUCACGGUCCAUCUCCCAACCAAGGCCAUGCUGGCUCCCCACGGAUGGGCCAAAAUCCUCUUCAGCCUCCCAACGGUGCCACAACGUCACACAUCUCGAUGCUCGAACACCAGAUCAAGCAGAAAUACCCGAAUGCUACCAACGAGCAGAUUACGAACAUGAUCCAGACCAACCUUUCCAAAACCAUUCUCGCGCAACAACAACAUCAUCAACAGCAGAGACAAGGAUUUGCACAAAGUGCAAUGAACGCUGCUGCAGGAGGGAAUGCUAUUGCUGCAGGAAUGAAUGCUAUGACCAAUGCUGCACAGGGUACACCACAAUUAUAUGCUCAGAUGCUGAGACAGCAGCAAGAAAAUCAGCAAAAAGCAGCUCAACAGGCACAACAAGCAGCAGCAGUCGUUGGAAAUGCUCAAAGUCCAGGGAAUGGGAACGGAAGUGCUGGGAAUUCAGCUCAAGGGCAUGCUCAUCGAGCAAGCACCGGAUCAGCAAGUGUACAAAGUGGCAAAUAGAUGUAUUAUGUUUGGGUUGACGAGUUAGCGAUGUAUUGGUAUGGGUCGGGUUAUGCUUUUUGGAUUUUUGGUUAUGGGAUGGGAUGGUCAUGGUUAGGAAGCCUGACUUGCUGGAAUCACAUUGUUAGAGUAAAGUCAAAGUCGACUUGAUAGAGCAGCGCUCUUUAGCUGCUACAGUGUUUUUGAUGAUUGGCAAUAAGCCAUGCUUUCAUCCUCCAGAGAGGAAGGAUUGAAAUGCAACAUACAUAAUACCCCUUACUUCUAUGAACAGCUUUUUGUGGCACUUUCAUCUGGAUGUGAAGAUUGAAGUCUGACAUGUGAAAUUGUUUCUGUCUGGUCACGUGAGCUCUUGCCUUGAAAUGGUGGCGGCAAAAUCUAUCAAACAUGGCAAACUCGAAAUUUCCUGGUUGGGUCGGCG